AAAGUUGUUGAUGCGGUUGUAUUUUGUGCGUGGAUUGAUGGGGAGUUGUAUCCGGGAGGUGGAAGGCGAACCGUGCCACAGAAAAGGAUUAUUGGACUGGCUGUAGCUAUUAGCUAGCGUAGCUUGUGUUUGAUAGCAAACAAGCGGUGUUUGGCUUUGUGUGUUCCAGGAAGAAAAACACGGCUGUGAGUGAGGGAGCUACCGGGAGGACGGUAGUAUGAUACUGGUGGAGGGAAAGCGGCAGGAAGAGGCCCCGUAUCUGCGUCUGGCUGCUACAUCGGAAUCACUCGGUCGGUAACCAGCAGCGGCGGCGGCCACCAUGGGGAAGGAGGUAAACGGCGUGUCACGGAGCCGCUUCGAGAUGUUCACAAACAGCGAUGAGGCAGUCAUCAAUAAGAAGCUGCCAAAGGAGCUGUUGCUACGAAUCUUCUCCUUUCUGGAUGUGGUGACACUCUGUCGCUGUGCCCAGGUUUCACGGUCCUGGAAUGUCCUGGCCUUGGACGGCAGCAACUGGCAACAGAUCGACCUCUUUGACUUUCAGAGGGACAUUGAGGGUCGAGUGGUGGAGAAUAUUUCAAAGCGGUGUGGAGGCUUCUUGAGGAAGCUGAGCCUGCGGGGCUGCCUAGGUGUAGGAGACAGUGCUUUAAGGACUUUCUCCCAGAAUUGUAGGAACAUUGAGUUGCUUAGUCUGAAUGGUUGCACGAAGAUUACAGACAGCACGUGUAAUAGCCUCAGCAAAUUCUGCCCAAAGUUGAAGCACCUGGACCUUGCCUCUUGUACCUCUAUCACCAACCUGUCACUCAAAGCUCUGAGUGAGGGCUGUCCAUUGCUGGAGCAACUGAAUAUCUCCUGGUGUGAUCAGGUCACUAAGGACGGCAUCCAGGCUCUUGUACGGUCUUGUCCUGGUCUCAAAGGUCUCUUCCUCAAGGGCUGCACACAGCUAGAAGAUGAAGCGCUGAAACAUAUUGGGGCUCAUUGUCCAGAACUGGUCGCACUGAAUUUACAGACAUGCUCGCAGAUCACAGAUGACGGACUCAUCACGAUUUGCCGGGGUUGUCACCGCUUGCAGUCCUUGUGCGUGUCUGGCUGUGCAAACAUUACAGAUGCCAUCCUCCAUGCUCUGGGACAAAACUGUCCCCGUCUCAGAAUAUUAGAAGUGGCUCGUUGUUCUCAACUUACAGAUGUCGGGUUCACGACAUUAGCAAGGAACUGUCAUGAGCUUGAGAAGAUGGACUUAGAAGAAUGUGUGCAGAUUACAGACGGCACGCUCAUCCAGCUGUCGAUCCACUGUCCCCGUUUGCAAGUCCUGAGCUUGUCUCAUUGUGAGCUGAUCACAGACGAUGGCAUCAGACACCUCGGCAGCGGGCCCUGUGCUCACGACCGUUUGGAGGUGAUUGAACUAGACAACUGCCCCCUCAUCACGGAUGCUUCCUUGGAGCAUCUGAAAAGCUGCCACAGCCUGGACCGCAUUGAGCUGUACGACUGCCAGCAGAUCACCCGCGCCGGCAUCAAAAGACUAAGAACCCAUCUGCCUAACAUCAAAGUGCAUGCAUACUUUGCGCCUGUGACUCCGCCCCCCUCAGUCGGAGGCAGCCGUCAGAGGUUUUGCCGCUGCUGUGUCCUGCUAUGAUAUAAAACAACCUUCCUUCCCGUUUGUCCUCCUACAAGCUCUCCGUGGUCCAUCAUUUGACCCUUGACCUGCAGUCAUGCUCCCAAUCUUGUCUUAAAGAGUACACAUUGGUGUGACGCUCCCCACUGCCCCCCAACAUCCACCCACAGAGAGGAGGAGAGAGCCAAACAACACUAUUGGGUCCCGGUCCCAAAAUCAUUCCCAAAUCUUGUGGUGAUGCAUAAAACAGCCUCUGACAUCAGUUGAAAUGGAGUAAACGCUAACUCGCACAACACCUGUGGAAGGUCCAACCAUUCCCUGAUGUUGCCAGGCCUGUGCUUUAACAUCCAGACAGUAUUACACAAAGAGAGAGGGAGCUAGAAGCAAAAGUAAUCGAGGGUGCUUUUCAUCAAAUAAAGUAUGAGAUGUUAUUCGGAGGAGAAACAUAAAUCAUCCUCCUCCAACAGGAGAAUGGGGACGGAUGGAAUAUUGAAUAGGCACAAAGCUUCCUUUAUUCACUUUCAGGAUAAAUUCCAUUUAUUUAUUACAACCUUUGUCAAAUUAACAUUAUUAUUAAUCAAGCCUCUGAGUGCUCAACUCACCUUUGAUGAUUGGGCAGCCCUCGUUUGAGGGCGGGUGCUACAGGUGUAAAAUAUGACGCAUAUGUCAUUUUUCUACUUCCAGGGACAAAAACACAGCAUUUGCUGAGUUUUUUGGGCAA